CACUACGACGUACGCGACGCGCCGUUCACAGCUGUCACGUUUUUAGCACAAAAUAUUUAUCAUAUUAUUUUAUCAAAUACGUCGAAAAACUGUGAGAAUUUACAUGUAAAAAUCAUUAGACUAUGUAAACAAGUCGUAUAUGUGGCUAUAGCUUGCACAUGCUUAUGGUAAACGCUAUGUAAUAGUGGUUAGAAAUGGAUCAACAAUUCUCAUUGUCCUGGAACAAUUUUCACGGGAAUCUGACGAAAGGAUUCGCCGGUCUGUUAGGCAAUGGCGAAUUUGUCGAUGUAACAAUUGCGGUCGAAGGCCAUUUGUUACAGGCACACAAAGUGAUACUGUCGAUAUGUUCACCUUAUUUCAAGAAAAUGUUUCAAAUGAAUCCAUGUCAACAUCCGAUCGUUGUUCUAAGGGAUGUGACGCACAAAGCCAUGAGGGACCUGCUCCAGUUCAUGUACCAUGGGGAAGUUAGUGUUAAACGGGAAGAUCUCACUAGUUUUAUAGGCACAGCUGAAGUUCUACAGAUUAAAGGUUUAACAAAUAAAGAGACUGAUGAUGACAAUGAGAAGGAACAAGACUUAACAAAACACACUUUGGAAACUCAGAACAAUACUCAGGAUGCAGAGUCAUGUGUGUCUGAUUCUUAUGAACCUUCACAGAAUGAUGAAGUGCUAAACAAUGAACUAGUGUUACUAAAACAAAGACAGUUUAUUGAAAAAUUACAGCGAUUAAGUAAUCUAAAAAGAAAGUCAGAAGAAUUCUUACAGAACAACUAUUAUAGUGAUGUUCUAAAUUCAGAAAAGAGACCAAAAAUAAAAGAAAAGUCACCAUACAAUAAACACAGUAACACAUUACUACCAAACAGUAAUUUUGAAAAUUUAAAAAAUAUAUAUGAUGAUAAUCCAGUGGAUAUUACUACUUCAUAUAAUCACUUACAAAAAAAUAAUAUGAAAGAACUGAAUGAUAAAACUCAAGAGCAGUCUUCAUCCGAUAAUGGUGUGGAAUUGAAGACUGAAUGUGAUGAUAGUGAUAUUAUAGUAACAGACCCAGCCGUUUGUACCACUCCAAAGAACUUUGAUAGCUCGAGGGACAGCAAGAAAGACUUGUCGAUGCCCUUGGACUACCAGUCUCCACAAGAUAAUACCAGUUUGAGCUCUUUGUUCAUCGACUUAAAAAACUUAGUAAACGGUAAAGUUUCAAAUACCCUGAGAAGUAGCAUGUGUGAGGACUACCCAAGGCACACUCUGGACCACCGUCUUGUUACAAUACCGCAAAAAGAAGAUGGAAAAAAGAAAUAUCCUCAACGCUCCUGUAGGCUGUGUUGGAAAAUUGGGAAGAGACGGGACACUAGGUUCAUGUGCAGUGCAUGUGAAUUACCUUUUUGUAAAUCUCCGUGUUUCGAAAUUCAUUUUAACGAUGUACUCAAAGUAUCUCAAUUACAAGGCGACUAUUACGCAUCUUAAUUUAGUAUAAGUAUAUUUAAACCCUCUAAAGAGGUGACACAGCUGCUUUAACUUGUAUUUUUCAUAAGGCUUGUCAUAAGGCUAACAUUUAUAACAGCUGUUGUAACAGAAAAAAUGAAUCAAAGAUUCAAAAUUGGUUUUGGGACCAACCAAAAAAAACAACACAUCUGGAUAUUUUGUGAUUUUGUAAAAACAAUAUAAUAUUUUGUAACAUUAGUGUAAGUUUGGUUUAAAAUACCAGUAACAGUAGAGUAAUAAAGAAAUCAUGAAGCACAAUAAAUUAGUUAAUCAUCUGUGAUAAGUACUGCUCUCAAGUGCCAAUUAUACACUUUUGUGGAAAUCUCUAUUUUUGUAAAUCUGUAAUGUUUAUUUCUCUUUCAAUAAGUGCCAUGCGGUGUCUGCCAUAAAUUUUUCUGAAGACUUUAUUGCUCAUAUUCUAGUCUAUUUAUUAUAAUAGUUUAUUUUAUAAUUUAGUCUAGUGUCUAUUGUAUCUCAAUGCAUGCAAAUUAUUCCUUAAUUUUGAAAUGAUCUCUUUAAGAGCUAUUUUUAUAACUAGGUUUUGGUAUACCAAAUUGAGAUUUACAUUCCUAAAUUUAUGAGUUAUUUUACAGUUUUAGGCCUUGUCCAAGUGUCUUUGAUAAAGUAUUUUAUAAUGUGUGAUGUUACUUAACUGUGUGAUUUGAUUGACUAUAGGUAACUGAAUGUAUUUUUAUAAUCAUUUUUGAAUAAAUUAUAUAUCAGAAA